AGCAGAGGGAUUUCGAUCUUCGAAGUUAGAACGAGCAAACGACUCGUACCAACUGAACCAUCCAUCAGCUGGUAAUAAAGUUUAGAUCUAUGUCCCACUCGGUCAGAUUAAUUUGCAACCCUAGAUCUUGAUGAUGAGUUUUUUUCUUCGUUCCUAACGCUCCUUUCAACGGUGGAUAUUACAACCACGUCACGUUAUCCGUUUCCUCACGUGAAGAGGAGCAUUUCCUCCUCUACGAAAGGAGCGAAAAUUUUUGGUUAACGAGCCAUGGCUAUAUCCUAUGAGAGUUCGACAAGCCGCGCACAAUCUUAGGUGUCAUCAGACAACGUAACCAUGGAAGCACAAAGGGGCGUACAUGUGUUCUAGCUUUUCUCUUUCCGCUCGGCCGGAAGAUACCGAUGGAAGCCAACCGGCCGUUUUCUACGAAAAGGAGCUCACGGACUUCCAUUCAGUCUCUUGACUCCGAUAUUCUCUGUUUGAUCUUCGCAUUUCUCGACUGGUUCGAUCUCGCUCGCUGCUCCGCUGUCUGCACAUCCUGGUAUAAUGUCAUCCAUAAAUGUAAUUUGUGGAAAAAGCAAUAUUACAAGCAGCAAAGAGGUUCUGCAUGCCUUCCUGAUAUAUCAGAUUUUUCUGAAACAUCAUGGAAGAUGUACUAUGAGGGUCUUGCUAUGGAGCAGCAUAGAUUGUCCCUGCGGGAUGGUUCUGUUUGCAUUGAUCAAUGGAAGGGUCAUUCUGUUGGUGUUCAUCAGUGCCGGAUGAAGAUGGGCUUGAUUCUUACUGGUGGCAGGGACAAGGUUAUGCGCAUUUGGUCAUCUAAAAGCUAUAAAUGUUUGGAAGAAUAUUCUGUUCCAGAUGUGGGCCAUUUGGUUGAUUUUGGUUUUGAUGAAAAUAAGAUUGUUGGGCUGGUUGGAACUCGUGUAUGCAUCUGGAGGCGUCAUGGGGAAAGAAGUAUAUUUCCUGCACGUGAAGGAACAUUUUCAAGGGGGUUAUGCAUGCGCUACAUUGAUCCAGAGGCUGUGGUUGGUUGCGAGGAUGGAACAGUUCGCAUAUUUGACAUGUACAGUAGACAAUGUUCUCACAUUAUUAGGAUGCGUUCUGGGCCUGUAACAUGCUUGGCUCUAACUGAUAAUCAGAUGAUUCUUAGUGGCUCUUCUCUUGGCAGUAUAACAAUGGCAGGCCUUUCAUCUGAUCAACGGGUAGCUUCUUUAAAGUCAACUGAUUGCACAGGCAUAAAGAGCCUAUGUUUUAACCCGCGCUCACAUUUAGUAUUUGCCGGAUCAACUUCUGGAUGUUCACAUUGUUGGGACCUCAGGACUAUGAAGCCUCUAUGGCAAACAAGAGUCGGUCCAAACGUUGUGUAUUCCAUGCAACAUUUGCAGAGUGAUAAAACGGCACUGGUUGUUGGUGGGAUAGAUGGUGUGCUACGUAUUCUAAACCAAGACACUGGUCAGCUUCUUUCCAGCUAUGUGAUGAACGAAGAAACCGGAAAAUCAGGUUCUGCUGAAAAGAGAUAUGGCAUCAUCGAAAAGAAGAGAGUCAGAAAACUUUCAGAAGACAUCCAAAUUGACAGCAUUCCUAAACUCAGUCGACCUCCCAUUACAUGCUUGGCUGUUGGGAUGAAGAAGGUUGUAACCACACACAAUGGUAAGCUUAUCAGGAUGUGGAAAUUCAACAAGUAGCUGGGGAAAUUUCAUUUUUGCCUUGAAAUGUCUUUCGGUAUUCCAUUGAAGAGAUGCUGGAGACCAAAUGACCAAUACAUCUAACAUCUGGCUCUCGCAUCCGUUCAGAAUCUAGGCAAAACUUGCGCUCAAGAGAUUUUUGCCUGAUUUCCAUGGAUGAGUGGUUAGCAGAGAUCUUAGUAAGGCAAUCUGCAUGGUUUUUUUUGUAUUUAUUUAUUUGUUCAUCGUUUGGGAGUACUUGUUCAAUUGGAAUCUGUACAUUAUAAAUGUGAUUGAAUGUGUGUGUAUUUUAGCGGAUCCAACUAACAAUGGGUCCGACACGGUGUUCUUCCAUGACAAGAGGGGCAAUCAGAAAAUCAUGAAAAAUCAAUAGAUAUUGAUGGAAAAAUGGUAUGCCUACAUGUUCCUGAAA